AUGUAAAUUAAAGAGCCAAAUGAUAUCUAAGACAACGUCGAUUAAUAACAUUUAAUUGCUGAGUAAGAUUAGAGCGGUAUAUUCAUUGAACCUAAUCAUUAAAUUAAUAUCCUCGCUAGAAAUACUGUAGACAAGUUAUAAGCUAAUAUUUAAAGUUCUAUCUCUAAGAUUAAUCAGUUAUUAAUGAAAGCCUAAGAUAUAAUUAUGAACAAUUCUUAAAAUUAAGAUUUAUGUUAAAAAGCUGUCUAAUUAGUUUAGGUUGCAUCGAUUGGGUUGAUGCAAAUUAUAAAUAUCAAUGAAUUACUUGAAAACAAAGCAUUGGCUGUUGAACAAAAUGUUAGCAGCUUAAAUAUCACGUGUACAAGAAAUUAGUUGAAUGAAUACACUACAAACUUAGUUCUUGAUUACAUGAAUCACAUAAUCUUAGAAAAUAUUCUAAAGCUAAUGGAUAACUUUCUGGAAUUAGAGAAGGAACAGAAACGAAAUCUUGCUAUAUAUUUAGCUAAAUUGUAGUCUUGUAUUGAAAUUCUACCAGGAGCUACCAGAGUAUAACAUAAUGAUUUAUUUGCCAUACCUCCAGAUCAUUAAGAAUGGCAAUUAAUUAAUCCUUUUAUCGAAAAAAAACAAUUGGCUAGUGAUGAAUAAAUUAAGAAAUCUUAUGAUUAAGUUUCUUUUGGAAUUCUACUUGGAAAUGCAAUGAUCUCAAAAGGAUCCGAAUAUAAUGGGGAAUUAAUGAAGACUUUUAUGGAGGGAUUUGGAGUACUAUAUUAUGGGUUAAACAAGAAAAAGAUGAAAAGUAGAGCAGACCAUUUUCUUGUAGAAGCCAAAAAAGAAGAUGCUUUUAAAGCUUGGAAUCUACCUGAAACUGGUAUCAUAAAGAAAUUUCUACCAGCUAUUUUCCCAUCUAUUUCUUUUAAUAAGAAGAUUUACAUUCCUAAAUUCUUCAGAAAGAUUAACAAGGAAUAUAUCUUAGAAUAAUACAAAUAAGGAACAAUCAAUAAAAUAAACAAUGAUUGUGGUAUAUUUUAUCCAGACCAAAUGAUAUCCAUAGACGACUUAUAGAAAGAUGAUAUAAACUAAGAGAGAGUGCAAGUAAGGAUUCUCUGCCAUGAAGAUUUGAAAUUUAAAGGGGUAGAUGGAUUUAUGUCCUUGUUUAAAAGUACCAAAAAUAAGGACCUUAAUUUUGAUAAGAUUGUGAUCCAUAUACAUGGAGGAGGAUUUGUUGCUAUGUCAUCGAGGUCACAUCAGACUUAUACUAGAAAAUGGGCAAAUAACAUGAAAGUUCCGAUCUUUUCUAUUGAUUAUAAAAUGGCACCAGAUCAUCCAUAUCCUGAAGGAUUAGACGAUUGUUGGUAAGCCUAUAUGUUUAUUAUCACCUUCAUCUAGAAGUUUUUCAAUAUUAUUCCAUCCAAAGUAGUGUUGGUUGGAGAUAGUGCAGGAGGUAAUUUAGUUGCUGCUUUGACAAUCUAAGCAAUAAAGGCAGGAGUCAGAGUUCCUGAUGGUAUUUUGUUGGCUUAUCCUGCUCUUUCAUUAAAUAUGAAGUCAUUCACACCAAGUUUUUUAGUGUCACUUGAUGAUUUUUUAUUGCAUCACACAGUCUUAAAAUUAUGUUUAAACUCAUAUGUAUAGAAGGAAUUUGAUUCAUAAGUUGAUCCAAUGCUCUCCCCUUCUAUGGCUAGCGAUGAAAUUUUAAGAUAAUUUCCUAAAACUCGGAUCGCUGUUGGUACUUAUGACCCACUUCAUGAUGAAAGCUUUAGGUUAUUAUAAAAGUUGGUUUAAUUGAAAAAGGAUGUGAAAUUGAUUGAAUACUAAUCUAUGCCUCAUGGUUUUUUAUCUUUUGAUAUAAUUAAUGGAAUGAAAGAAGCUAAAUAAACUGUUAUUGAUGCUUAAAAUUACCUUUUAGAAAUGCUAAAUUGA